AUGAAAAUGUUGGUAAAUAUAUGCCGCAGCCAUUUGCCUGUAGUAUCAAUCGGGUCGGUACUGUCGGUGCUACUAAUUAACGCAGCGCUGAAUACAGGGGCGCCGGUCAGGGCGAAGGGUGCCAUCACUAUAGCGCAUAUGUUGCGCCAGAAUUUGUGGGCACCGGGAGGUGAUUGUACCCUAUGGUCAUCUCUAUCCGAUGUUAACGGGACACUACUUGUUGUUGUUGUCCACCCGUUGCCCACAUCCAGCAUAUGUAUCUGUCCUGCGCUGGACUCCGAGUCCCUCUCCCGGUUAUUUAGAAUACCACGUGACCCACAACGAUCAAUAGGAGAUAUGGACUAUAAAUCCAAAUUAAGUGAAGUACAUAUGCUGGAUGUAAGCACGGGGUGGACAACAACAACACCCAAUCGUCUAUUAACAGCAAACAGAGAUGACCACCGGGUAGUGUCUACACCGUCCGGUGCCUGUAAAUUCUGGCGCAACACCUGUGCAGUAGUAAUGGCACCGUUUGCGUUAACAGGCGCUCCCGUGUUUAGCGCUGUAUUAAUAAACAACAACGACUGUCCCGACCCUAUCAACACUAUUGGCAAAUGGUUGCGACAUAUAUUCACCAACAUAUCCCUACUACCAAUAACUAUGAUAUCGCUGGGUAUAGCAUUGUUUCUAGAUGGAUCGGCCAACACCGCUGCAGAUGGGACAGCAGACUUGAGUCGUUUGCGCGAAAUUAAACACAAGUUUAAAACAAACGCCGACAACAUAGUUGCUAUUAAUAGCUCGUUCAAUGUUGUCAACUCAAUGUUUAUCAUCUCGUUAAUUGUGGAAAUGAUUAUAGAUUCAUACGACACAAUCAUUUUGUUUGUUGCCUACUGGACGCGCCCUCCUGGAAGUACAUUGGGUCCUGAUUUGAUCAGGUCACGGGCGGCGCCCAUACAUCUGUGCGACACGUUUAGUCAUUUUAAUGCCAUUGUAGAGUCCGAUUCGUAUCGAUCUUUCCGUUUACUCAAGUAUUACAUGUCGGCCCGUUUGGAGAGGACUGAGACUCCGGCCGUACUUUGCAUUUCCGCUUUCUUGUGGUUUGGUUUCCUAAGCCAGAGUCAACGGAUUAUGAACACCAAAUCCACUUCAGAACAGAUACGACUAGAUUUGGACACCGGAUGGCCAACAAAAACCUGUCAAUUAACACCGGACAGGGAUGACCAUUGGGCACAAUCAUCUCCCGGUGCCCAACACUUCUGGCGCAUCACCUUUGCUAUAGUGAUGGCCCCGUUUGCGUUGACCGGUGCCCCUGUAUUCAGCGCAGCGUCACAUAGUCCCUACCCUAUCGACACUACCGGCAAAUGGCUGCGGCAUAUAUUUACCAAUAUCAAUUUAGUGCCGAUUACUAUUUUAUCGCUGGUAGGCGAUAUCGUAAACACGCUUUUGUUUGUGGGAGCUGUGCCCAAAAACGUCUUGGUUACCAUAGGCGAUUUGAUUAAUUUAUUGCCCAUAGCGCUACCGGUCACUCUAUUUUGGUUUAACGGUCAUGUUCUACCUAUUCAUUCAAUCAGCUACUCGACUUACGAUUGGAGACACAAACAUGGUAUCACAACCGAAAGCAAAUUGGACUUUUUUGGUUAUAUGUAUUUUAGUAUUGCUACCACAUUGUUGUUUGUAGUUUAUCUAACAUUCGCCUCGGCCAUACAUUGCAAAUGCAUCGAGCUAAAUGAAUUUAUAUUGAACUCGGCCAACACAGCCCCAGACGGAUCGGUCGAGUUGGGUCGGUUGCGCGAAAUAAAGCGCAAGUUUAAAACAAACGCCGACAACAUAGUUGCUAUCAAUAAGGCGCUUAAUCUAGUUAUGUCAACAUUUAUCAUCACGCUAAUUAUCGAGAUGUUCAUCGACGCGGUUGACAUAAUGCUUUUGUUUUCUGUCUAUUGGGGCCGCCCAGUGACCAGUACACUGGGCCCCGUCACGGGCGGCGCCCACACAUCUGUGCGACACGUUUACCCAUUCCGUUUACUCAAGUAUUACAUGUCGGCCCGUUUGGAGAGGACUGAGACUCCGGCCGUACUCUGCAUUUCAGUCUUCUUGGGUUACAACUUCUUAAGCCAGAGGUUCACCGCCAGAACCAAUUGUUUAAUAGUCGGCGCUGAGGCGGGGAAUGACUGUGCGGUUGGGCUAACCACCGGCGGGGGUCCGCCCCCAUAG